CAUGCGAUUGUCAUCGCUUUGCGUGCGUGUAUGUCGCGCGUUCGACAUAUCGGUCUUAAAUUUUCUUUGCACACAUUUAUGAAACUCCGAACGAUAAUUGUUCUUGCGCGGAAAGAGAAGAAACAUCACUUCGAUCAUCACAUGAUUUGCAAUUUUUGAUGUUGCAAAUUUUUGCACACACGCGGAUGAUACGAGGAUGAUACAAGCGUGACGCACGUUGUCACAGCAUAACUGUUGUAAACAACCGUAACCAUAACAGUGCUCAGUUUAGAUAUUGCAAGUGUCAGGAUGUCAGUCACCGAAGAAAGAAUUCAAGAGCUGAAUCAGUGUUUCCUGGAGUUUAUGAGCAAACCGGACAACGUCGAGGUAGCUACGAAAGAAAUUUAUGAAGACUUGUUGGAGGAAGUGCUAAUGGGCUUUGUUUUUGACGUACAUCGCACCACCAAGACUGGCAAUUCUGACGUUGAAGAAGGCAUUCCUGAUGACGAAUCAUAUGCUAUUGUUGAUUCACCUGGGCUGGAUAUCUUUGGCCAGCAUCCAGUGAAGAAAUCUCAGGAAUGCACCUGUCCGAACUGCGAGCGCGGUGUGGCUGCAUGCAGAUUCGCCACACAUCUGGAGAAGUGCAUGGGCAUGGGUAGAAAUAGUUCGCGUAUUGCGUCACUUCGAAUUGCUAACAAUUCAAAGGAUCUUAAUAAUUACGGCGGAGUGUUAAGCGACGACGACGACGACGUAGAUUGGAGUUUGACCAACGACAGCAAACGCAAACGUCCACGCAAAGAUCGCAACGGCGUGAGCAAGCGUUCGGGCAAGCAACAGAAGCACGGAAGCGCUGGCAGCAGCGGCUCACAGAGAAACGGUGAGACCAGCAACGUUGUCGGCGGUGGCGAGCACAACGUUCAGAGCAGCAACGAGAACUCACCUUCGAACUACGAAAACAUGUCGCUCAUAGACAAACGGGCACUUCUCACGCAGAUUUGCGGCGUCGUGUCCGAACACACAAAGAAACUCUGCACCAGAUCGGUGCGCUGUCCGCAGCAUACAGAUGAUCAACGCAAGGAGAUACGUGCCAACUUGGAGUCUAGUAUCAACGGCCAGGAUAAUCUUCAAGUGGACGUGGACACGUACGAGGAGAGCGACGGUCAGAAUCUGAGAGAGGCGUUAACACGAUGGGAACGGGAAGGUUCGAGUCACUCCAGUCCAGCUGACUCGGCGUCGACUACGUCGACUUCGUCCAUCAGCAGGAAGCGAGAAACGAAAUCGAAGGGCAAAGGAAAAACUUCGUCGAAGCGCGAUCGUGGUUCUCCGAUUUCGCAAGGAGACUGAAAAGAGGAGAAAAUCGCUUCACGGUCCAAAAAUAUUCCUCGACGACAGAGAACUAUUGUACGAUAAUGUUCCUACACGCUCUGUAUAUAUAACUUUUAAAAAAGGACUGUUCUACAUAAUCGCAUAAUAUGUAGUUUUAAAUAUAUUUGCAGUUCUUUUUGUAAUUUAUUAUUUUUAAGAUCGAAUAGCUUCAGCGAGAGAUAUUUGCGCGAUAUAUAUUUUUAAUAGUAUCACUUAACUUCGAGUAUCCUUGAUCUCACAUUCACAUAAACUAUCCGAAAUUGUAAAGUAAUGUAUCCAGCGUGUGUUACAAAAAUUAAAAGU